AUAAAAGCUGAGGGGUUUUGUAUUCUUGAAUAUGCAAAUGGAGAGUAAGAACAGGAGCAGGGUUUGUGUCACCGGAGGUGGUGGUUAUAUUGGGUCAGCCUUGGUUCACUCACUUCUACAAAGUGGCUACACUGUCCAUGCUACUCUUAGAAACCUUGGUGAUGAAUCCAAGGUGGGGCUUUUGAGAGGUUUCCCAUACGCUGAAGACGAGCUUCAUUUGUUUGAAGCUGAUAUGUACAAACCAGAAGAGUUUGAAGAAGCAAUACAAGGUUGUGUCUUUGUUUUCCAUGUUGCAACCCCCUUGUUACACACUACUGGCUACAAGUACAAUGAUACGGUUGAAGCAACAAUUAGUGCAGUGAAGAUCGCAGAUAUUUGCAUACGAUCAAGGACAGUGAAGCGUCUCAUCUACACUGCCUCAGUUGUCGCAGCUUCACCUUUGAAAGAUGAUGGGAGUGGUUAUAAGAUCACCAUAGAUGAAAGUUGUUGGACACCCCUUCAUCUCAAUAUCCCUUACAGCAAUCAUUUAUUAAAAGAGUACACAGAAGCGAAAACAAAAGCCGAGCAAGAGAUGUUGAAAAUUGGGGAAGAGAAAGCAAGUGAACUAGAGGUGGUGACAUUAAGCUGUGGAUUGGUGGGAGGGAGAGGUCAUCUACCAUAUGCUCCAGACAGUUUGUUGGUGUUGAUAUCACAAAUUAUCAAUCCUUCGACUCAUUACCAGUCACUAAAGUACUUGGAAGAAUUGUUAGGAAAAAUCCCGAUUUUGCAUAUUGAGGACACUUGUCGAGCACAUAUCUUUUGUGCUGAGACUCCAUUGGUUAAUGGAAGAUUCUUAUGCUCUAGCUCUUACAUAUCAACUGCAGAAAUCGCCAAGUAUUUUCAGGAAAACUACCCACAGCUUCAUUUGAAACACGAGUACUUUGAAGAACAUAAGACAGAAACCAAAUGGGGCUCCAAGAAGCUUGAAGAUUAUGGUUUUGGUUACAAGCACAAUAUGAAGACGAUCUUGGAUGAUAGUCUCAAAUGUGCAAGUGUCUUGAACACACUCAAGUCAAUGUCAAAUUGAUAUCCAGAAACACAAGUAGUAUUUGAGGACCUAUCAAAAUGCAUAUACAAGACUAGGUUUUGUUACUUUUGAUUAAGUUAAGCCCACAAAUCAUUUUAGGACAUUCGGGGGCGGUUUUAGGGUGGGUCCAUGGUAGCGCCAGCAACCCCUGACUUUUUCGGACGCAGUGAAAAAUUUUUCAAAAUUUUUAUUUUUUCUACUA